CCUGUCAACAAACUUCACUCUCUUUGACUCUAGCUAAUCUCUCCAGCUACACUUGUCACAGCUCCUUUCUACCACCUUCUCCACAAGCAGCAAGAUUUUUUCGACCAAGACAACAAUGUCCAGCUUCAUGAAGGUCUUUCUGCUCCUGGCUGUCAUGGUCUGCAUGUCUAAAGCCCAAAGCCAUCAAUCAGAAAAUUGUCUGUGUAAACGUGUCACUAAUGGAAUUGGCUCAAAGACUGAAAUAAAGGACAUCCAGAUCUACCCAGCAACCGUCUUCUGUAACCAAGUGGAGAUUGUUGUCACCAUCAACAGCGGCCUUCGCUACUGCCUGAACCCCAAGCUGAAGGCAGUGAAAAAACUCAUGGCUUCCAUCAUGAAACCAAAAACCUCCACUACAGCCAGACCAACUGACCUCACUUCCACCUCAGUGCUGUACAUUCUUUACACCAAUGACUGUAGAAGCCAGAAUGAGAACAGGCACAUUCUGAAGUUUGCUGAUGACAUGGUCAUCAUUAGCCUGCUCCGUAAAGAUGAAUCUGAGCAUGGGCCAGUGGUGGCUGAGUUUGUCCAAUGGAAGUAUGAUGAGCUAAUCUCUCCAGCUACACUUGUCACAGCUCCUUUCUACCAUCUUUACCACAAGAUUUUUCGAGCACCGGUGUCAACUCGACCAAAGACGAAGACAACAAUGUCCAGCUUCAUGAAGGUCUUUCUGCUCCUGGCUGUCAUGGUCUGCAUGUCUAAAGCCCACAGUCUUCAUCAGUCAGAAAGCUGUCUGUGUCAACGUGUCAGGGAUGGAAUUGGCUCAAAGACUGACAUAAAGGACAUCCAGAUCUACCCAGCAACCAUCUUCUGUAGCAAAGUGGAGAUUGUUGUCACCAUCAACAGCGGCCUUCGCUACUGCCUGAACCCCGAGCUGAAGGCAGUGAAAAAACUCAUGGCUUCCAUCAUGAAACCAAAAACCUCCACUACAGCCAGACCAACUGACCUCACUUCCACCUCAGGCAGCACCAACACAGCUCGCAUCUGACUCUUUAGCUGCUUGGAUCAAUAAGAAGCUGAUGAUGACCUCAGAUUAAGGCACCUUCGAUCGAAGGCACCUUCGAUUAAUGUAGAAAUGAAAUGAAUGAAAUGUUUUGUCUAUUUAUCUUCUAUUUAUGCUGAUGUGCACUUACAGUAUAUUUCCGUUCUAUUUUAUUUCCUUUAAUCUGUUGUAAAUAUGUAUAUAUUGUAGACCACGUUUUCUGCAUGUUGGUCAUUUCUUUGUUUUUUUAAAAUAAUAAAAAAAAUCAAGAGAG